AUGUCUGCAGAACAAGUUCUAACGUUGUUAGAUUCCUUCUGGUUUGAAACAACAAUUCUUACUAACAAAAACCCUUUAAAUUCUCACACAAAACUAGAACAAACUCUUCCUCAAGAAGACACAAACCUCUUAGCUCCAACUCCAAAUCUGGAUGUUAGGUUCUAUAGUGAACAAAACUUGAGUUUCACAGGCUCCGUUUUCUCUGAUUCUCCAUCACCAAAUUCUGUCCUCACUUCAUCUAAGCUUCGAACAAUCCCUUCGGAGAGAGAAAUCAUAGAAUUCUCAAACGGGACAAGCACCGAAAAGAAAGAUAUAAACAACAAGAAAAAACAGAGUAACAGUAACAAUCACAGUCAGAGUCAGAGAAGAAGGAGAAGGAAAAGUAGGAGUUUAUCAGAGCUUGAGUUUGAAGAGCUUAAGGGGUUUAUGGAUUUGGGUUUUGUGUUUUCUGAGAAAGACAAAGAUUCAACACUGGCUUCAUUGAUACCUGGUUUACAAAGACUAGGAAAAGAAGAAAAUGAAGAACAGAAGAAGAUUGAUGAAAGUGUUGUAGCUGAUGAGAAGCCUUAUUUAUCUGAGGCUUGGGAUUUGGUAGACCUAAGGGGGAGAAGAAAUCCAUUGGUGAAUUGGAGAGUACCAGAAAAGGGUAGUGAGAUUGAUAUGAAACAUAAUCUAAAAUUCUGGGCUCGUACUGUUGCAUCCAUUCUUGGUUAG